CUCUUCACAACUUAGAUUUUCACACUCAAGGCGAACAUGAUUUUCGCGGCAAUUUUCUUCUUUGCGUUUCUCAGCAGCUUUAUCUUUUCAGGCGCGUAUUGGAAGGUUAGCACAGGGGAUUACGAUAUGGCGAUGAAAUUACAGAAGACUGGUGGCGCAACAUUCUUCAUUCUCGCGAUUCUAGGAUGGUAUAUUACAGUCGUGAUGAUGGCAGCGGAGAUGCGAAUGACGAUCAGCCUUCCAGUCGGAGAUCUCUCGCAUUUGUGGCCCAUGCACCCGGGGGACCUGGCGGAUAUGUAUGGAGCAGGGCGUGGUGAAGGCGGACUGAGAUUGUUGACAUGAUGUGGGGCUUUUUUGGCUACAUUUGACAAAACGUGUGAGAAUGUGGGCCCAGACUCGUAUUUUGGUUCUGCGAUGCGAUUGGUCCUGUCUGCAGAGUACCUCGAAGGGAA